AUGCAAAGGUUUGAUACCUGGAUUGAAGGUGAUACUGGGCCGAUCAUGGAGUCUUCUGACUCACCCACCACGUUUGAUAUUCCGCUACCAGCUUCAACUUCUCUUGAGCUAGGGGAUAGAAAAGAAAAGUUUGAUACCUUAAUUGAAGGUGAUACUGGGCCGAUCAUGGAGUCUUCUGACUCACCCACCACGUUUGAUGUUCCACUACCAGCUUCAACUUCUGUUGAGCUAGGGGAUAGAAAAGAAAAGUUUGAUACCUUAAUUGAAGGUGAUACUGGGCCGAUCAUGGAGUCUUCUGACUCACCCACCACGUUUGAUGUUCCACUACCAGCUUCAACUUCUGUUGAGCUAGGGGAUAGAAAAGAAAAGUUUGAUACCUUAAUUGAAGGUGAUAUUGGGCCGAUCAAGGAGUCUUCUGACUCACCCACCACGUUUGAUAUUCCACUACCAGCUUCAACUUCUGUUGAGCUAGGGGAUAGAAAAGAAAAGUUUGAUACCUUAAUUAAAGGUGAUACUGGGCCGAUCAAGGAGUCUUCUGACUCACCCACCACGUUUGAUACAUAG